UCUGUAGGGUUGUAUGAGCUGCUGAGGAGACACAGCCUGCAGCUCUGUGAGGUGAUUCACGGGGGAGUUCUCAAAGUCUGACGGCUGGACUCGCUCAGAGUGGAAGGUCCAUCUAUGGUCUGGAAAGUUAUAUUCCUCUGUGUUGCUGAAUUUCCUCCGCACCUCAGACACUGACAGCAGCAGCAGCAUCAGCAGCAGCGGCCAGGAUCGGAGUCCUGCUGUCCCGUGGAAAUAUCACGGCACCGAGCCGACAGACGCAUGGAACAUGGCUGCUAUGAGGACUUUAACCGUGGCGGGUCUGUUUUUGGCGUUUUGCGCGUUGGGACUGAUAGCGGUGGCGAUCAGCACUGACAACUGGUACGAGACCGACGCCAGGAGGCACCGGCAGCGCUGCAAGAAUUACUCAAACAAAAGAAACGACCCCGGCUACAUCUACAUCUCCAACAACAACCUGCCGCUCCGCAUGCUGCCCAAAGAGCGGAGCGCGGAGCGGAGAGGCUCCGGCGUCGGUGGCGGGAUGCUGCUGCGGGCUAAGCGGCACUUCUUGGAUCCUGCCCCGGCCAUGGAGUCCCUCUGCAGUCGGCAGUACAACUCCACCGUCACCGGACUGUGGAGAAAGUGCCACCGGGAGGGAUUUGACUUGGAGACGGAGGAUUUGAUCUUUAAAGGAUUGGUUCCGCGCUGCACACCAAUAAAAUACUACUACUCCUCAUCAGCGCUCCCCAGAAACCUGCCUAUCAAUCUGACCAAGACAAUAAGGCAGGAUGAGUGGCACGCACUCCACCUGCAGAGGAUGACUGCCAGCUUCAUAGGCAUGGCCAUAUCUAUCAUCCUGUUCGGCUGGAUCAUUGGAGUGCUGGGCUGCUGUCAGGAGCAUGAUCUGAUGCAGUAUGUCGCCGGACUUCUCUUCCUCAUGGGAGGGACAUGCUGCAUAAUCUCCCUCUGCACAUGUGUGGCUGGGAUCAACUUUGAACUGUCCCGCUAUCCUCGCUACAUGUUCGGGAUACCGGAGGACAUCAGCCACGGCUACGGCUGGUCCAUGUUCUGUGCGUGGGGCGGGCUGGGCCUCACGCUGCUGGCUGGCUUCCUGUGCACACUGGCCCCCUCCCUGUACCCACCACAGACCCCGGUGGUGCACAAGCCCAGACAGGAGAACGGCUGUGUGUGACACAUCUAACAGACACCUGUCUCAUCCUGAAACAGUGACGAGCCCUGUUCCGGAGACACUUUUACCCAUGCAGGGACUCAGAGCAGAGAGAGAGAGGGAUGGAUGGAUGGAUGGAUGGAUGGAUGGAUGGAUGGAGAGCCUUCAGCUCGGCACAAAGAAAGCACAGAACACUGGCUCUCACUCAUAUGAAAAUGAUGAAGAAGUGAGAUUGACUGAAGAUGAUUUUCAGUUCCUCUGGUGCUUUUUCCCCUGUCCCUCUUUAUGAAUGAACUCUUCAGUGUCAUUGCUUGCUCCUCAAGAGGAGAAUAUAAUAAUUUCUUCCUGUAAAAUCUGCUACUUUGAGAAGAAGAAGAAGAAAAAACGAGAAAAAGACAAACUGGCAGAAGAUCAAUAGCACAACUUUGAAAUCUGU